GGCGGAAGUGCGCGCGGAGCCAUGGCGGCCGUGGACAUCCGAGAUAACCUCUUGGGAAUUUCCUGGGUUGACAGCUCCUGGAUCCCAAUAUUGAACAAUGGGAGCGUGUUGGACUAUUUCUCAGAGCGAAGUAACCCUUUCUAUGACCGAACAUGUAACAAUGAAGUUGUCAAAAUGCAGCGGAUGACCCUGGACCAUUUGAACCAGAUGAUUGGAGUGGAGUAUAUCCUUCUUCAUGCUCAAGAGCCCAUUCUCUUCAUUAUCCGCAAGCAGCAAAGGCAAUCUCCAACACAAGUUAUUCCAUUGGCUGACUACUAUAUUAUUGCUGGUGUGAUUUAUCAGGCACCUGACUUGGGGUCCGUCAUUAACUCCAGAGUUCUCACUGCAGUGCAUGGAAUUCAAUCUGCUUUUGAAGAAGCUAUGUCCUACUGCCGCUAUCACCCCUCCAAAGGCUAUUGGUGGCAUUUCAAAGACCAGGAGGAACGAGAGAAGGCUAAACCAAAAGCCAAAAAGAAAGAAGAACCAAGUUCUAUUUUCCAAAGGCAACGAGUAGAUGCUUUACUUCUAGACCUGAGACAAAAGUUUCCACCUAAAUUUGUUCAGCAAAAGCCUGGAGAAAAGCCCAUCCCAGUGGAUCAAAUCAAGAAGGAACCAGAACCAGCCCCUGAAGCUGUCAAGCCAGAGGAGAAAGAGACUGUAAAGAAUACUCAGCAGAGUGCUGGCACUAAAGGACCUCCUGAAAAACGAAUGAGACUCCAGUGAAGGAAGUCAUUGCACAUCUGCAUUAAAUCAGUACCUGGAAGUCUACAGGAGAUUCUUGCUCCUUUCCUUAAUAUUUAAGCUCUUCACCAAGACUAUGAAAGUUUGAGGAGUGGAGUCCCUGUAACAACUCUUUCUGUAGAAACCUAUUACAGAACUGUCAAUGGCAGGAUGUGAGCUGCUUCAAAGAACGUGUUCUCAGUUUUCACUCUGGUUUGCAAGCUGACUUCUGAGAAGGGUUUUUACAUUGAGGUAUAUUUUUCAGCCUCCCGAAAUCGUUACAAUCCCCUGUGUUUUGGUUUUCUAUGCUUAAAAAAAAACCACAUGCUUUGAUCAAGAACAAGUCUUUUCUUAUAAAUCAAAUCCUGGGUGCUAGGUUGCCUUCCUUAAAUCCUUACUUUGUUAGUGAAUAUGGCGUAUGUACUGGCAGAAAAAUUUCCCUGGAGAUCAGAAUAUGUCUGUUUUGAGGAAGCCAAAUUUAGCUAAAGAAUUUAGGCUAAUAUAAAUUGCCGUGUCUUUAGUAUGUUUGGAAUGCAGAUUAAAGAUUAGGUAAUCAGAGGCUCAAAUCAAUGUAAUUAGAUGUCAAACUGCUGCAAGUUUCUAAAUGACACUUUUUUUAUUUAAAGAUUAAUGACAACUAAGCUUUUCUCUUAGAAUAAAGCUAGUUUUUGUCCAA